ACACUACGGACACUACGGAUAUAUCUGGCACAAUGUUCGCUAGGUCCAGCAUAGUCAGUCAGUAAUUUUGUGUAACAGAAUCGUUGCAAAUCGGUAAUGGUACGGUGGUAACGCGCAAACUGUUCUCUUAUUUAUUCUCCCCAGUAUUACGCCAGCGGGGGCCGAAGAGCAAUUGUCAUUUGGGAGGGGGUGGGUAAACAUCAAUGGCUUAGCCUAACCUAGCAUAGCAGGUUGCAGUGUCGACUGGGGCUUAACAUUUUCUCUACCUGGGGGUUUCCAGGUAGCGGUGGGAAACCGGUAGUUCGUAAUAUUGUUCUUUCCAGGUUCGUGCAGAGAUGGCGUGUUCUUAUAGUGCGUCGCUGUUUAAAGUCCCGUCGAGCUAUUAAAUUUAGCUUGCUGAUUUAGCAAACAGAAUAGAUAUUGUAUACCGAACACCAUACAUACAUGCCGCCGAUGCGUCCGAAUUCCCACGUGUGAAAUACACAUGCAUGUUUUUGUAUGAAGCGGGACAAUCGGAUGACCUACGACUGGAUGUCAGCUGCCCGUGCAAGCGGAUGGGAAUGGUGAGGCUGACUGUAUAGCCGCCAGCGUCGUCACUUAGUCUAAGCUAAGCACAAUUCUCCCAUCUACCAUUCAAGAUUCAAUGCCUAACACUUCAGAAAGUCAAGAGGCAAGUGUUUCGACCACCAGUGACCAGGAAGCCCCCAAAAGGCCCCCCAGCAGGGACAAUGAGCCCAGCCUGUCUGGCUCCUUCCCCAGGGACGCCCUGAGGCCACGGCGGGCAUCUAGUGCCGAGGUCCAACUCCCAUGGACCUGCCCGGUCACACACUCCCGGGAGAAGUUCUACACGGUCUGCUCGGAUUAUGCACUCCUCAACCAUGCUGCCUCUGUGUACCACCCUAUCAGCACGCCCCGGGAGGGGCCAUCUGUGUCUGGGGACAGCAGCCCCUCCUUAAGUCAGCCUAAGACGUCCAGCUACCCACCAGCGCCAGGCGGAGGGGGAAACGUGGCGUUUGAUGGAGACUGCCACGUGGAUGUGGUGUCGUCCGGCCUCGCCAAGCCGGUGCUCGCCUGGGAGAUCGACACCACCGAUUUCGAUGCCGUGUUGACCAGGAAAAACAGGACAACCAACACGAAGAAGCCCAGCUCCAAGAAGAUGAAGUCCUCUGACAAACACAGCAGGAAUCUGCAGGACGCCCCCCCGCAGGCUACGCUAGAGGAAGUAAAACAGAGGAAGGUGCUGGACCUGAGAAGAUGGUACUGCAUCAGUCGUCCACAGUAUAAGACUUCCUGUGGAAUCUCAUCACUGGUAUCCUGCUGGAAUUUUUUGUACAGCACUCUGGGAGCCGGGAGCCUGCCCCCUAUCUCGCAGGAGGAGGCAUUGCAUAUCCUGGGCUUCCAGCCUCCCUUUGAGGAAAUCAAGUUUGGCCCCUUUACCGGCAACGCCACCCUCAUGCGGUGGUUCAGACAAAUCAAUGACAAUUUCCGUGUGCGGGGGUGUUCCUACAUUCUGUAUAAACCCCACGGGAAACACAAGACUGCUGGAGAGUCAGCGGAGGGAGCUCUGACAAAGCUGACCCAAGGUCUCAAGGAUGAGUCGAUGGCCUACAUCUACCACUGUCAGAAUCACUACUUCUGCCCCUUGGGCUUCGAGGCCACUCCACUUAAAGCAGCCAAAGCGUACAGGGGUCCACUCCCAAAUAGCGAAAUGGAGUACUGGAUUCUCAUUGGAGAGCCGAGCAGGAAACACCCGGCCAUCCACUGUAAAAAGUGGAUGGACAUUGUGACCGACCUUAACACACAAAAUCCGGAAUAUAUAGAUAUUCGGCACACAGAAAGGGGAAUUCAGUUUCGCAAAACCAAAAAGGUCGGCGGGAACCUGCACUGCAUCAUGGCCUUCCAGAGGGUGAACUGGCAGAAGCUGGGCCCUUGGGCUCUGAACCUGGAGAACCUUCGGCACGACCUCCAGCAUCAGGGGGCAGAGAGGGGGGUCGGGUUCGAGGACAAGCACUCCGCCAAGUCCCUGGGUCACCUGAGCCACUCUCUGAGUACGGGCUACCACAAAGAGGUCAGCUGGAAACGCCUGUCCAACACCUACGAGUACAGACACGGCGGGUCCCCAGACAGCGAGAUAGACGAGGACAGCACUGAGUGAGAGCACGGGUUCUGCAGGGGAUUCUGGGAGAAGGUGCACCAAGUCCGUCUGCUCCUCUUACCCCUGAAUCAGACUGUUCAAUUUUGGCCCAAAGGUGGCAAAGUCUUCAUUUAUCUACAUGUUGGUAAAAUGAGGGGAUUAGCAUAAGGCAGGUGCCUGGGUACGAGUGGAUUUAACACCAUUUGUACACAGCAGUGUCGUCCUACUAGCUCGCGGGGAGACGACAAUUCAACGCUUCUUUCUGAGCUGGAGUCUGACCACAUGACUUGGCACACUUUACGUUACCGAUUCUGUCUGUAGAAGUACGAUACUCAACCGAGAAGGUCCCUGAAAGAAAAUGGUGUAGAAUUUGCAGAUUACACUGAAAGCCAGUUUUGUUCAAAGUGUAAAGGUAAGAAAAAGAUUCUCAGUGAGGCAGAGUAAUUGUACUGGGUUCACUGUAUUCACUGUAUUACACUGUAAUCACUGUAUUGUUGAAUGUACUAAGGUAUAGCCUGUGAAAAAGGCCUUGUGGGAUAUAUCAGUAAGACCAGACAGCACGUCUGCUUCUUUAUGUCAUAUAAACCCACAUAUAUUCCACCGCCCCUGAAAUUGUCAAGGUCUCUGCUCCAUAGUCUCCCCCAUGUAUAAAUGUGGCAUUAGUGUACAUUUGUUUUUUUUUCCCCCCUUAUUUGAUUAUAAAUAAAACUUUCUACAGA